AAGUUUGUAACACGUCUCGUCGUGUCUUGCUGACCACUACGGCACUGCGAGUGCCCUCGGGAGAUCUAAGAUCUUAAGUUAGGCAUUCAAUUAAUGAAUUCCAAGCAAUCGAAAGUCCAUCAGUAAUUUGUUUUGAUAAAUUAAGGUCAUCAGUCAGUGUACAUAACCGUUUUAAAACCAUGGAGAACACCAAAAAGGCUCUGUCAUCAAUACCGCUACUAAAGACAAAAGCCGGUCCUCGGGAUGUUGAUUUGUGGCCACAAAGACUUAAAGAAGAAUACCAAUCCCUAAUCCAAUAUGUUCAGAACAAUAAAGCAGCCGAUAAUGAUUGGUUUCGUCUAGAGUCGAAUAAGGAGGGAACUAAAUGGUUUGGAAAGUGUUGGGUGUUUCAGAAUCAAUUGAAAUAUGAGUUUGACAUAGAAUUCGAUAUUCCAGUAACUUUCCCUACUACAGCACCUGAAAUUGCAUUACCUGAACUUGAUGGUAAAACUGCCAAAAUGUAUCGAGGUGGCAAAAUAUGUUUAUCUGACCAUUUUAAACCAUUGUGGGCUAGAAAUGUACCAAAGUUUGGUAUCUCCCACGCUUUAGCACUUGGUUUGGGCCCAUGGUUGGCGGUUGAAAUCCCAGAAUUAAUUCUGAGAGGAGUGGUUAAAUACAAAGAAAAAGAAGAGGAUAAUUAAUUAAUAUUUCAGAGUUACAGAAAAGUUAUCAUGGAAUAAUUUUUGAGAGCUAUAAGUGAUAUAUAAUUUUUAUAUUUUAUGAUAUUAAUUUUAACAUAACUGUUGGAUGAUACACAUUAAAACAAUCAUUCAUAUUAUUUAAAUAUAUUAAAGAUUAAAUUAAAUUUAUGUUGUCUAAUGUCAAACAUUUAUAAUAUAUUAUGAAAUAUGUCUUAAAAUGUAUAACAUAAUUAUUUAGACAAUAUGAUAUUCUUAAAUUUAUUUUUUAAAAUUAUUGAUGAUUGUAUAAUUUUAUUGUUAAAUGUUUAUUCUACUUGUGUAUUAAAUUAAUUUUUUUGGCAAACCAUUGUUAGUUAAAAAAAAUUUUGAUACAAACAAUUUUUUUUCUUUCCACUAUAGUUUCCAUAGGCAUGUACCCAUUUUUAUUUUCACUCUUUCUGAUUACCUAUAAAAUAAUAGUUUUUUCAAAUUUUUUUGUUAUGUUAAUAAAUAAAAACAUAUUUUAAAUAUUUUUACA